UUGUUCAGCAGCAGCGCCCCUGGUGGUAGUUUCCAGAAGCUAGUGUGUGGCGGCCAUUGGCCGGUUGCUGUGACGUCACCCGCCGUCCGACCAAUGGGGGGGAGAGCUCCGUUGCCCGGCCGCAGUCCUAGCUGCCUCGCCUUCGUACGAGCCGUGUGUCGCUGGCUGUCUCUUGCCCCUCACCCCUCGUUCCUAUCGCCCGCAUUCUAG